AUGUCUUCGUUCAGGAAUGCAGUGAAGCGCAAAACCCACAAGGAGCGAGCGCAACCAGCUGCUCGAGCCAAAUUUGGAUUGCUGGAGAAGCACAAGGAUUAUGUGCAGAGAGCAAGAGACUUCCACAGGAAGCAGGGCCAACUCAAGAUUCUUCGAGAGAAGGCCGCUUUUAGGAACCCUGAUGAGUUCUACUUCAAAAUGCAAUCUUCCUCUACAAAGCGUGGUGUCCAUCAAGUCAAUCGUGACAAUAGCCUGGACGAUGACACUAUCAAACUCCUUAAGAGUCAGGACAUGAACUACGUGAAGAUGAAGUUGCAGACAGAGAAGAGGAAGCUAGACAAACUGGAAGGAGAUCUUCAUUGCUUGUCGGCUAUGGCGGCGAUCCCGAAACAAAACAAACACACGAUCUUUCUCGAUUCAGAUGAGGAGCCUGAAGAUCUCGACCUCGCCGAAUAUUUUGACACAGUUCCAGAGCUGCUAGAUCAGAGUCAUAACAGACAAAGAAAAGAUCAGCUGGAAGAAUAUAAUGAGAUGCAAAAGGAGAAAGAGCGAAGAUACCUCGAAAUCACUGAACGAGAAAAACGAAAGCGAAAACUAGAGAGAGCGGCCAAACAUCUGGAGACCGAGCGUUUGCUCAUGGGCAAAGGCAAAAAGAGAAAGAUCAAGGUAAACUUCUGA